AUGGAUACUUUAGGCUCAACGGCUCAUAUCUCUCCCACGCAGCUUCUUGCACUAUCGCAGUUCGUUACGUUCGUCGAAGAGCCGGAAGUCCUGUCCGACAACUAUGUCAGUAAACUACAAGAGUUUGUACAGAAAAGGCAUCUCGAUAUGCCGCAGUUUACCAUGGAAUCAUUGAACGUGCCAGUUGCGGGCAAGUAUAGGCCACGCUGGAGGUGCAUUUGUUCGCUGCCAUGGUCCGGCGAAAAGUUCCCAGAGCCUGGCGAAGGAGCUAUCGGACUGUUUGUCAAUUCAAAGGAAGCAAAGCAAUUUGCUGCCAUGAAAGCCUUUGCUCAUGUCGCAGGGCAUCCUACGCAAGAUGUCUCCGCGGCCUCCUUUACGUCGUCGGUCACGGGGCCAUCCGUUUACGUGGUGAUGACACAGCCAGCAGACACCUCGCAGAGCGACAUGGCGAAAAUCAUGCAUUGGAUUACGAGAUAA